GUUCUUUUUCCUUGGAAAUUCAUUAUUGAAAAUCACGCUCGCGUCAAAAAGAAGUUUCGGAAGCAAUUUAAAUAUAAAUUAAAGAGGAAAGGAAGUAAAUAGAACAUAUUAAUUCAACAACGAGGAGACUAAACAGAUUAUGAAAAUGGAUAAGAUUGAAAUGAGUUUGGAUGAUAUUAUUAAAAGCAACAAGAAAAGACCAGCAAAUAAUAGUCGAGGAACAACUCGCAAGCCAGGACAAUUUAAGAAAAAUUCACCUCCAAAGAAGUUUGGUGGUGUUUUGAAAGGUCGUGGAGGACGUGGAGGUAUCACAAGAAACAAUAAAUAUACACGGGGUGAUGUAAACAGCGCUUGGAAGCAUGAUAUGUAUGAAGGUGUACGAAAAACAACUGGUGCAGCAGGAGGAGGAUUAACAACAUCUCGCGUUUUCGGUGGUACAACGAAACUCAUUGUCGGAAAUUUAGAUUUCAGCGUAUCCGACACAGAUAUUAAUGAAUUGUUCCAAGAAUUUGGACCUUUAAAGACAGCAGCCGUACAUUAUGACAGAUCUGGUAGAUCACUCGGAAGUGCUGAUAUCAUUUUUGAACGACGCAAUGAUGCAUUAAAAGCUAUGAAGACUUAUAAUGGUGUUCCACUUGAUGGCCGUCCAAUGAAUAUUCAGUUAGCAACAUCAGAAGUGCCGCAAGCAGGAACUAGACUCGGUUUUCCUAAACCUGCCACAAACAAUACCCAAAGAUCGCCACGCAAACCGAUCGGUGGAGGAUUUCGUGGGGGACGAGGCAGACAAGGCAGUGGAUUCUCUAGAGGUAGAGGUGGUUCAGGAGGUACUCGAGGAGUUGGAAGUGGACGUGGAGGACCAAAGAAGACAGAAGUUACUUUAGACCAAUUAAAUGCAGAACUUGAUGCCUACACAAUGCAAGGAUAAAUACAAAUCCUUAAACAUGUGUGGACAGAAUUUAAUUAAAAAUGCCUAACAUAAAAAAUUUUGAUCUAAAAGAAUGUGACAUUAUUUCUCUUUAAAACAAUCAUCUAUAUGAGUUAAGAAUUAAUUACAGUAAUACUGCAAAGUAAAGUUUAGAUUUUAAGUAACUUUCUUC